UGCUAUGUGUCGAGUCCAUGACGCGUAUUGCACUCGGCAAAGCCAAAAUGUCAAAAUACAUCUCUCCCUUUUUGCCAUUUUUUAAAUCGAGACAAGAGGAAGAGUGCUUUGUUGUCCUGUCUUUUCUCCUCGAGGGAACUAGCAAGCCUGGCGGUCGUCAUCGUCGUCGUGCUGGCGAGAUUGGCGCGACAACUCAUGCCAACGCGACGACCCGAUCGGGCGUGUGGAAUGAACUCACGGCCGGAGUUUGACCGUCGGCGUGGAUCCGCCGUGGCAGCUUCGCCCUCCAGGAGAUAAUAACUUCCUUGGCCGUGCGCGUGAUUGGUCUGUUGAUGACCAGCGGAUGGGGAUGACAGCAUGGCACGGCGCCAAUUCCUUUAUCGAUCGGCAGUUCGGCACCAGAUCGGUCGCACAGGCAGGCGAAAUGUGUUCCUGUCACAUGAUGACCAACGAUGGACCAUGAGCGGGUGGGGACGACAACGUGGCACGCCAGUCCUUUUAUCCGAACCGGAUUUCUCCGCCGAGAUGUACGUUCAUAUAUAUAUCACUCGGUUUUUUGUUUCGGGGAAUAUACAUCACUCGUUGAAGAUAUGCCUCUCCGCUGCAUCGAUCGGAAUUGUUUGCGCGGACGGCGGAUCCAUGUAAAUAGAUGCUUACUCGAAAUCAUGCAAUUUGUCUCCACCACGAGACGAAGUUUGUACGCGUGUCUAGUUUUAUGCAAUGUUAGGCUUGCUUACGAUGUUCCAUCACGCUUGAGUUGAGUUGGUGCUCUCUCUACGAGACCAAUAUAGAGGAACACGUGAACCAAAAAUUAUUCUCUCAACCCGAUUGGAGGGAGUAGCUUCGACCCAACCCUAUCGAGGUCUCUUAGGGCAUCUCCAACAAUACAGCUCAGCAGGUAUUAUAGCAUGACACAUCAGCAAAUGAGUUAUGUGGCAAGGGAAAACAAACGAAAGCAGAUGAACCGGUUACUUCUGCCAGAAACGGUACAAGCACACAUACCAAGGCUCUAGUACCGAUCUAAACAAUCGUUGGAGGCCUGCUCGUUACUUCAGAUGGGACCCACCAAAACAGCCGGAUCUUUUUGCGCAUGGUCUUCUCCACGGUCUCAUCCUCUCCCCAUUUCCCUCCACAGACCAAAAAUUCCGCUUCCUUCCCGCAAAUUCUUCCCGCGAUUUUCUCCCACCGUCUUCGACCUUCCUGACGAACUGCCGCCGGAGUCGAUUCCUAGCCGGCCGCCAUCACCAUGGCUCGCGGCAAGAGCAGUCAUGAGGGGACGAGGAAGCAGCACGGGCGAUGCUCCGCGCAGCCCUCCGGCUCCGCUAGGCCACCUCCUACGCAACCAUCCACCGGCUGCGCCGCCCCACCUCCUCCUCUUCAGUUCACCGGCUGCGCCCCACCGCGUCCUCCGCUGCAGUUCACCGGGGCCGUCGCGCCGCCUUCGCUGCAGCACCUUGGGGCCGUCGCGCCGCAGUACACCCCCGCGCCGUCCCCUUCUCCGCAGUACACCGCCGCGCCGAAUCCUCCUCCGCAAGUCACCACUGGAGCAUUUGGCUCUGCCGAUUGGUCUUCUGCACACAGCGACUUGUCUCCAUAGGGGGAAUGGAUCCUCGUUCGCCCAGUGGUUUCUUAAAUUAUCUGCAUAGUCAGCAAUAUUCGCAGUUGGCCCAACAGUUUCUUCCAAAAAAAAUUCAUUUUGUUGGAAUUCCUGGACACCAUGCUCCAUUCACGCCACCAGCUUUCCAAGGGAGUCAGUCAAUGACAGGGCCAGAUUCAGGCACUCCAAGUUCUGUUCCGCACAAGCAAACCAAAGAACAUAUCAACCUUGAUGCUGAUGACAAUGGUGAAGUUGCACGCACUGAUAAGCGUUUAGCAUGGACUCAUCAAGAGCAUGUCAGACUUGUCAAUGCUUGGAUAUUGAACUCAAAUGAUCCAAUCAAUGGAAAUUCCAAGAAAAAUGAUCAUUACUGGUCACAGGUUGCCGAUGUCUACAAUAGAAACACUCCAAGUAAUCGCAGAAGAGAAGCAAGCCAACUCAAGGUUUGUUGGCACCGAGUUAGCACAAAAAUUAACAACUUUCAUGGCUGUUAUGAGUCUGUGAGGAGUGUAUAUGUGAGUGGCAGGUCUGAUCCGGAAGUGAUAGCUGAUGCACUUCUGAAGUAUGAGGCGGAUUAUGGAGAACCUUUCAAAUUAUGUCAUUGGUGGGAGGUUCUUAAAAAUGAACCAAAGUGGCUAACAUAUUGUGAGAGGCUGAAAAAAGAUAAAAAUUCGAGCCCGCCUUCAAUUGUUAUAGAUGUUGUUCAAGAUAUCCCGCGUCCAGAAGGUAGCAAAGCAGCCAAGGCCAACCGCAACGGAAAGCGCAAAAUGCCAGAGAUGGCAGAUGAGAUGCGAGAUGAAUUGGACAAGUUUAUAGCAGCUCAAACCGCAGCAAGAGAAGAUCAUGAAGGGAUGAAAGAGUUUCAGCUCCGUAUAUCAUCUGAGAAGCUUGAAGCGGCAAAGCUUGCACAACAGGCUGAAAAGGACAAGAAGGAGCGCAAGAUACUUGAUACGUACAAAGAGCUCAUGAUGGCUGACACAAGUGGGCUGGAUGAAGAUGAAAAGACUGAGCGCAAGAAGGCAUUGAAGUUUAUGAGUUUGCAGCUUUUCGGUGGAGAAAAUUGAGGAUGGCGGAUGGAAAUUUAUGUCAGGCUAGCAUCCAUGGACCAUGGGGAGAGUACAUUUUGUAAGCUGAAGAUAUUUUGCUGUUGUUAGAGAACUCAUGAUGAGGUUAUAUUUUGCACAUAGAAGUUAUUUUGCUGUUGUUGGAGAUUAAGUGUUUCCAAUGUUCUGAAGUAUGUGGGUGUACAUUCAUGGAUGGAUUAUCUUCUGUGACUAAAGUAUGUAGCUGUUUUGAUGUGUGAUUUGUAGCACCAAUUUUGUGCUUACAUGAUUGCUAGAUUACAUGCUGCUUCUGUAUUCGAAUGGUUGACUAGCCAUUUCCCAACACACAGUGACUAGUCUUUUCCCAACACAUGCAUGAAUUCUGGACUUAGUUUUCCCAACACAUGCAUUCCCAACUCACGCAUGAAUUCUGGCCAUAGUUUUCCUAACACAUGUGUUCCCAGCCCAUUCAUACCCUCCUAUAUAUUGAGAUCAUCUGUACUGUAGUUUUACCCAUUGACAACUAGAAUCCCUUGUUGUUGCUCCACACAAUGUCAGACUCGUCUCCUCCCUCGGACGAUGUCGAUGAAACCAACACAAUAGACCCAACUGAACUAUAUACCAUGGAUGAUUUCAUUGCGGAGCAAAAUAUCUUUGAUGGUUUUGCUGGGCAAAUCGCUGCCAAGUUCAAGGCCACCAUGAAAGCUAGGACGUCUAGUCGCCGAAGUGCUCCAAGGAGGUAUAUCGAUAGGCCUCGUGAAGAAUGCCAUCAACGUCUCGUCGCUGACUACUUCUGCGACAACCCACUCUACAACGACAAGCAGUUUAGAAGAAGAUUUCGGAUGACACGCCCUCUCUUUCUGCGUAUCGUGAGUGCCCUAAGCGAGUGGUCUCCAUACUUCACUCAAAGGAGCGACUGCACUAAUCGCGAAGGGCUCUCACCAUUGCAGAAGUGUACGGCUGCCAUUCGCAUGUUGGCUUAUGGCAGUCCGGCGGACCAACUGGACGAAUACCUAAAGAUUGGCGAAAGUACCUCAACUGAUUGCUUAAAUGAGUUUACACAAGGUGUGAUUGAUAUGUUUAGUGAGGAGUAUAUGCGACGUCCCAGGGCUGAAGAUCUUAAGCGUUUGCUACAAGUUGGUGAGAGUCGUGGUUUCCCUGGCAUGUUAGGAAGUAUCGACUGCAUGCAUUGGCGCUGGGAAAAAUGUCCCGUUGCAUGGAAUGGCCAAUUUACUCGUGGUGAUCAUGGUGGCCUGACAGUUAUUUUAGAGGCAGUUGCUGCACAAAAUCUUUGGUUCUGGCAUGCCUUCUUUCGUGUUGCUGGUUCAAGUAAUGAUAUCAAUGUGCUUAAUCGGUCACCUUUGUUCGUCGAGGAGUUGAGAGGACAUGCUCCCCGAGUGCAGUACCAUGUCAACAGGAACGAGUACAAUACAGGCUACUACCUCGUUGAUGGGAUUUACCCGGAGUGGGCUGUAUUUGUGAAGACAAUCCGUCUCCCACAGACGGAAAAGGAUAAGAUGUUUGCACGGCACCAAGAAGGAGCAAGGAAGGACGUCGAGAGGGCAUUUACUGCCUUGCAACAUCGAUUUUCUAUUGUGUGACGCCCAGCCCGCCAGUGGGAACGAGCAACUCUUGCACGAAUCAUGCGAGCUUGUGUCAUUCUCCACGAUAUGGUAAUUGAAGACGAGGGUGACAUGUUCAACGCUCCUUUGAACUCGGAUGAGAUGGACAGUACAUCGGUUGUUUUCCCACCUGAAGUCACCAU